CAGCUCAGAUUUUGUGUUUUUUUUUUAUUUGUGUUUGAUCUCUAACCAAACCACUCAAAAGAAUGGAAAAGUUGUCACCUGCUCCAUUUCAUCAACUCCAUCUUUCUCUGUUAACAAUCUGGAUUCAUGCUUAUGCCCUGCAUAUAUAUACACUCUUCAUGGAUCAACCUGUUUCAUCACCUUACAGCCAAAAACAUUCAAUUCAAACAACAAUCUUAGCAUCUCUGACCAUCCUCCUCUCCAAUGGCAGGCCACAAGUUACUCACCUUCCUGGUUUUAGCUCUCACCAUCAGUUUCACAUCCGCUGCGCGGCUACUCGAUGAAGGAGAUGCACCUGCAGCCACCACAGUCACCGGUUCUGGUCCCUUACCAACCACCGGUUCUGGUCCUCUACCUACUGCUGGUGUUGUUCCUUUAGCAACUUCAGGUUCAGGUCCCUUACCCAUUGCUGGUCCAGUUCCCUUGCCCACUGCUGGUUCAGGUCCUCAGGUCACUGGCCCCAGUGCAGGUGUGGGACCCGUCUUAGGUGGUUCAGGUUCCUUGCCCACAACCGGUUCUGGUCCCUUGCCCACAACCGGUUCAGGUCCCCUACCAACUACUGGUUCGGGUCCAUUACCGACUACUGGUUCGGGUCCAUUACCGACUACUGGUCCGGGUCCCCUACCAACUACUGGUUCCGGUCCUUUGCCAACUGCUGGUACAGGUCCUGCAGCCACAGGAGCUGGUGCAGGAGCAGGACCAGCACUAGGUGGUGCAGGUCCUGACAACGCAUUGAUGUUCUACAUGCACGACAUCCUUGGCGGCUCAAACCCCACGGCCAGAGCUGUGACUGGAGUGGUAGCGAAUCCAGCUGUGACUGGCCAAGUCCCGUUUGCCAAACCUAAUGGAGCGAACCUACCUGUCAGCAACGGUGUUCCAACCAACAACAACAACAAUGGAAUCAUCAACAACAACAAUGUCCCUUUUCUUGUCGGGCUUGGAGGAACCACAGCCAACAUUCUCCAGAACAACGGAAACAAUCUCUUGACGGGUCUCCCGAACAACGGAAACAAUCUCUUGACGGGUCUCCCGGUUGCGAAUGGCGGUCAGCUCCCGACCGGUUCAGCACUUCAGAACCUCAUGUUCGGGACAAUGACAGUGAUCGACGAUGAACUAACGGAAGGACAUGAACUGGGGUCUGGUUUGAUAGGUAAGGCACAGGGGUUCUACGUGGCGAGCGCCAUAGAUGGAACCAGUCAGACAAUGGCGAUCACGGCCAUGUUUGAGAGCGGUGGGUACGAAGACAGCAUCAGCUUCUUCGGCGUCCAUAGAACAGCGGCUUCAGAAUCUCAUCUUGCGAUCAUGGGAGGCACGGGAAAGUACAUCAACGCUAGAGGUUUCGCUAUCGUCAAGACUUUCGCGGGGGCCAGUGGGUUGCAGCUGCUACAGCAGCAGCAGCCGCAUCAGCUGACCGACGGGCUCGAGGCGGGUUGGCUUACUAGUUUUGUUGUUGUUGUUGUUGUGAUGGGAAGUCAAAGGGAUAUGUCUUGUUUGGGAAUUCUGUUUGUGUUUCUGUGA